GUUUGUUUGCAUUUUUGAACGCGUAUAAUACUAAAAUGGAAAUUUUGCUGAAUCUAACACUAGACGAAAUUUGUGAGCAAAGAAAAGAUAGAUUUUCUUUAAAUUUAAGAAAAAGAAGGCUAUUGAAGUCAAAGAGAAAAAUGUUUAGGUACAAAUGUUUGUCUUUAAAAAGAAAAAUACCUAAAAACGAAUCGUUUAUUAAAACAAUAAAGUCGUUUCCCGAGGACAUUUUCUAUUCCCAUUUCCGAAUGAAUUGGGCCACUUUCAAAGCUUUGGAAAAAGCUUUGACUCCACACUGGGUAAGUGCAAGGCUUGGCCGUGAUGGUCAUUCGUUAGAGAACUGUCUGUACAUGACAUUAUGGAAGCUAUGCAAUAGCAGGGUGACGUUCCGACAGCUUUCGGAUCGCUUCAACAUUGCAAAAGGAACAUCACACCGUGUAUUUAACAAAACAAUCCAAGCCAUUUGUAAUCUUAAAAGCGAAAUAGAAUGGCCAUCUGUUGACCGUCAGCAAGAGGUCAUGACAAAUUUUGAAAAUAGCAGAGAAAGCCCCUUUCCUUUUGUUAUAGGAUGUUUAGAUGGAACGCAUUUUAACAUACCUACCCCAGGUGUAGAUGCGAUUAGUUAUUAUGAUCGCAAAGGAAACCACUCAGUAUCCAUGCAGGCUAUAUGCGACAGCCAAUAUCGUUUCCUAGAUGUGUUUAUUGGAUAUCCAGGGAGCUGCCACGAUGCCAAUGUUUGGACAAAUAGCCCAAUAUUUCAAGCAAUAAUAUCUGGCGAGUUACAGCUGGCACCAAGUGCUGUUAUAUUGGGGGACUCUGCGUACCCCAUAUCGCAAUUUCUAAUGAUACCUCACAGAGACAAUGGGCAUCUCAGUAGGGAACAGAAGACUUUCAAUGCCCGUUUAAACUCAACGCGAGUAUUUAUAGAACAAGCUUUCGGGAUUUUUAAGAAAAAGUUUAAAAUUUUAAAUUAUAUUGAAGCUUCGAGCAUUAAAGCCACAUCUAAUGUGAUAUUCGCUUGCGCUAUCUUGCACAAUUUUAUCAUAAAUAGGGGAGGUUAUUUUGAGCAUGUUAACGAUACAAUAACACAUGCCGAUAUGGAAACCAACAAUGAAAUCGGAGGAAUUCAAGAUGCCCCCAUUCGCCGUGUUGAUUCAGAUGAUAUCAAUGGAAUUGAUAGAAGAAACUAUUUUACCACUCUGUUUUCAUCAUAA